AUGGAAGCUAUGAUGGAUUUAUACAAUAACACACAACUUCACUUGGAUCCAUACUCAGAUCUAUUCAGAGGUGAAUUGAUGGAAGUUCUUGAACCUUUUAUCAAAAGUCCUUCCCCAAUAUCUACACCAUCACCUUCUUCUUCUUCUUCUUCUUCUUUCUACAAUGAUGGUUGUUCAACAUGGAUGACCCACGGGUUAUCGAAUAGCCCGAGUUUCUUAGGUUUUGUUCAACAACCAUCUUCUACUUCUUCUUCUAUUCUUGGUCUUAACCAUUUGACCCCAUCUCAAAUCAACCAGAUCCAAUCACAAAUCCAACUUCAAAAUUUUACCUUACAACAACAUCAACAACACCAACAACAAGGUCUCAGUAACACUCUUAGCUUCCUCAGUCCAAAGCCGAUCCCUAUGAAGCACGUGGGUAAUACUUCUUCAAAGCCCACGAAGCUAUACAGAGGGGUGAGGCAAAGACACUGGGGAAAAUGGGUUGCUGAGAUUAGACUCCCUAAGAACCGUACCAGGCUUUGGCUUGGUACCUUUGAUACAGCAGAAGAAGCUGCUUUGGCUUAUGACAAAGCUGCUUAUAAGCUUCGUGGUGACUUCGCUAGGCUUAAUUUCCCAAAUCUCAAACACCAUGGUUCAUGUAUUGGCGUUGGUGGUGAGUUUGGUGAGUAUAAGCCUCUUCCUUCUUCUGUAGACGCUAAACUUCAAGCUAUUUGUGAAGGUUUAGCCGAGAUGCAGAAACAGGGAAAGCCAGAGAAGCCUAAGAAAACACCAGCUGCUCGGUCCAAGGCUGCAUCCAAGGUGGUACCUCCACCGGAGACCACGGUGGAGAUAGAGAACUCUGUUGAAAACUCUGUUGAUGAUUUGAAGGGUCCAGGUUCAAAGGGGUUUUGUAAGGUUGAAAUUUCGAUUUCUCCGGCUAUGACUGAGAGUGAAAGCUCUGAAGGUUUUUCACCGCUUUCUGAUCUUACCUUUGGCGAUGUUGGCGAACCACAGUGGGAAGGUGGUUCAGAAAAUUUUAAUCUUCUCAAAUACCCCUCUUAUGAGAUUGAUUGGGAUUCUCUGUGA